AGAGGAUCAACAAGGUUCGAAAAAUGAUUCUAUAGCGGCCAGGCAAAAGGUCUAGGAGUACCCGUGAGAGGAGUCUGCCGAGGCACACAGUCUGGGAGCUGCUCUGAUUGAUGUAAUCUCCUGGCAGUCAGGCUAAAAGCAGGAAAGAAUGGGUGACUGGAGUUUGUUGGGCAACUUACUAGAAAGUGCCCAGGAGCACUCCACCGUGGUAGGGAAGGUGUGGCUGACAUCGCUGUUCGUCUUCCGCAUCCUGGUGCUGGGGACAGCCACCGAGAAAGUGUGGGGGGACGAGCAAUCCUUCUUCACCUGUGACACCAAGCAACCUGGCUGCCAGAACGUCUGCUACGACAGGAUCUUCCCCAUCUCCCACAUCCGGUUCUGGGUGCUGCAGAUCAUCUUUGUGUCCACUCCCACGCUGGUCUACCUGGGCCACAUCUUCCUUCUGGUGCGGAUGGAGGAGAAGCAGAAGGAGAAGGAGAGGGAGAGAGGCAAGCUGAGCAGAUAUCCCCCUGGAGACAAGGAAGCACUGAUGCAAAAUGCCAGGAACAUCGAGUGCCCUAUGCUGCAUGACCAGGGUAAAAUUAGACUGCAAGGAGCUAUUCUACGAACUUACUUGUUUAAUAUAAUUUUUAAAACUCUCUUCGAAGUUGGUUUUAUAUGGGCCCAGUAUUAUCUCUAUGGCUUUGAGCUGAAACCUCUUUACAAAUGUGACUACUCGCCUUGCCCUAACAUUGUUGACUGUUACAUUUCCCGGCCCACUGAGAAGACUAUUUUCAUUAUAUUCAUGCUGGCCAUGGCUUGCCUGUCCCUACUUUUGAACAUCAUUGAGAUAUGUCAUCUGGGAAUCAAGAAAUGCAGAAGGGCCACCAAGAACAAUCACGCCACCCAAGCUGCCUGUAAACAGAAUGGCACACUGGCAAGCGAGAGAAUAGGACCCUGCGCCCCAGGUUACCAAUACUUUGCGGGCCACACUAGACCGCAGCUUUACAGUGUCCCCCCACUGGCAGAACCUGAUCCAGUGUGCCACCCUUACAAUGGCAAUGUCUCCACGAAGCAAAACCGAGAGAACUUUGCCAUAAUGGAUGACAGGGGUGGGAGUCGGGAGGAUCAUAGCUCGCUCCCCAGCAAGCACAUCUCAGUCACCGAUCAGAGACGGAACAGUGAACGAAGCAAAGGAAGCAGCCGCAGCAAAUCAGACGAUCUGACAAUUUGAGUCCCUGGCCUGGGGGCAUUGAGCAGAAUUCUUGAGAAAUCAUUCUAUUUGAACUUUGAGAACAUCCAAAGAAUCCAAUGAAACCUCCAGAGAGAUAUGUCCAACAUGACAACAAAAUUGCGUUCUUCUCAAUAAUUGCUUCAGUCAUUUUGGUUUGUAUUUAUUGUGAGCAUGUUUUGCCCUCAGCCCCUUCCCUACCACCCCACUCUCCUUCGGGUCCCUCAUUUCUGAUACUCCCCCGUCCAACCCAUUCUUCCUUCUUUCGUUCCCUUGCUUGGUCUCCCCAUCUCUCUGAUUGGCUACCACUCGCUCAAGCCACAAGGCUGCUCGCCAACCAUUCAAGGCAGGUCCUGGAUCAUGCUCUGGAAAUGAAUAGGGCAAAUCCCAGAGACAAUCUCCAUCUGCUCCUCUAAGACCACUUUAGAUGCCUCCCACAACCGCCCUCACUUCAUGGGGCUAAUCCAACGCACACCUUGAUACAUCUCACCAAAGCUUUCAACUCUGCCAGCUUCAUCAGAUUUGUGGAUAUUCCUUGUCAAAUGUGGAUGUCUUCAUAUAUUUUUCAUUACUGCACAGAGACUACAUAAUAUGAUGCCAAUCACCGGGUUCUCCACAAAUCUAGUCCCACUGCAUACCUGGACCAAGCACGGCUAUGACAUCAUAUUGGAUACCUUGUCAAUCUCACUCAUUGCAAUACCUCAGCUCACCUUUAACAAUUUCCACACUGUGGGUCAAUGGGACUAGGUAGAAUAACAGUUCAUCACAGACUAGAUGGGCUGAAGGGUUUAUUUAUGUACUGUAGUGGUCUCUAACAGCAGCAGAGUUAAUCUACAGGAUAAAUGAGGAAACAUUCAAUAUUUAUUGCUUCCAUUCUAGAAUCAAAAUUACUCUGUUUUAUUCUGAUCUCAGUCAAUGUAAGCAACAUUUAAUCCAUGCUCAUACAUACUGAGGCUGAGCUAUGAAUUAUUGUUGAUUCUUGAAGUCUAGAAUAAAACAUACUUUAAUCAACUAAAAUGUAGUCUUCAUCAAACCUAACCCACGCAAAAACUCUUCUCUGUCAAACAAUAUCUACAUUUGUAUAAUAAAUAGUCAAAGUGAAUUACUUCCAGUAUCUUAUGAACUACCUCUUAGUGUCUACAUUCACAACAGUGUGCCAGCAUGACUUUUAGCCAAAUGAGAAAGAGCACACAAAGACAAGAUCUUAGGCAGCAGGAUCGUAGUCUUUGAGAACUGGUGCUGCCCACAUGCAUUCUUCAGAAACAUGGGCAUUGUACAGGAGACUCCUCAAAGAACUUCAAUGAAAAAAUAUCGCCAAUGGUGUCCCUAGAAAAUUCUCCAGAAGCAUUCAAAGAUCAGUAUUCAUUCCUGGGUGCACGGCUUCAACAGAGGUUUUAAACCUGCUCAACCCGCUUCAGUGACCAGGCCAUAUUAUCUGCUGCCCAACACUUGUCAAGAGAUCUUCAGGAGGACAGAGAAGACACUUUAAUUAUAUUUUCAGAACAUUCCCAAAAAAAAAACUAAACAUCUUCACUGAUUCAUAAGAUCCCUGGCUUCUGACUAGGGAAAACGAAGAAACAUGUCAGAAACAGACACACUAACUCCCUGUAGCAGGAGAACAUGAAGAACGUGUAAAGACAGCAGGAGUAGUAGACAAAGACAAUACACUCAAUAAAGUAUUUCUAAUCCUACCCAUAGCAGAGCUUGUUGCUCACCUUCAAAGUUCACAGAACUAAAGAGGAAGCAAGUCAUCCCUGGCCCUGAGGGUCCACCCCAGAUACGACAAGCACCAAGCUUUACAGAAAAGGUUGCUCUCUCUCCAGGUAAUCAUCUCAGCCUGAAACAUUGACUAUCCACUUCCAUUCAUAGAUGCGGCCUGGCCUGCUGAUUUCCUCCAGUAUUUUAGUGUAUUACUCCAGAAGACUUAAGAACAAAAUUCCUCUUUUUAAACAGCAAUGCAUUUUCAAAAGUGCCAUAUUUUAAAACUACAUGUUCCUAUCAUAUGAUAAGUGGAGAUAUCUAGCCUACUCAUAUUUUUAAAAUGAAAAAAAAUUGAGCCCAAGCUUUAGAUACAUUUACAAUCCCUCAAAUGCUGGAGGGCUUAUAGAAUUAUUAUCUUCAUGACAAUGUUCAGGAAAACAAGAAUUUCCCAUUGAAAUAGGCAAAACUGUUUUCGUCAUUCUUUAUUACAAAGAAAUCAUAAUACAAUGCCGUAAUUUGGCAUGAUUUCCCUGUUUGUGUUAUCUGUUGACAGACAAGAAAAAUUAUUUGGUACAAGCCUUUCUUACGGCAAUUGUUCUUUUGUGAUGCUUGAUAAAAAUGCUCAGGAACCGAUAAGGUCAUCUGACUUGAUAAACCAUUUCUUUAUGACAGCUCAGCCUGAUCUGCCCAACGUUGCACAUCCUUUUCUCUUUAUUGACCAGAACUUUGCAGUCAGAAGCAAAAAUGAGUCCAGUCGUUCAUCACCUUUGCAGUUGCCCAUGGAUUUUCUAUAUUUUUUGCGCUGGAAACUGUGGUUAGAAUGCCAUUUUGGUGCGGGGCUCUGUGUGAACAGAGAAUUCUUCUCAACAAACAAUGCUGUAGAAACAUGAGGCACAUGGAGACUAAACCAUCAUAUGCCCUUCAUGUACAAAGAGGUAAAUAAAGCAGAGCUAAAAGAAAACGUUCAUCAGAAUUAACUUUUUCAUAAUUUAAAUCUAAAGGGAUCGGAUCCCACACACAAAAAACUAAUCUUCCCUUCUAAAGAGGUAGUGUAGAUUAGGAUGUUGCGUUCCAUUGUAAAAUCACCUUCAAUAGAAUGGACAAGCCCCAAACUUCCAUGUUAAAGUUCAGGUGCUAUCAUGCAAGUGCAGCAUCUACAGUUGCACCUUUUAGUUAUAAACUUUUCAGAAGAUGCCCCUAUAAUGAAGCUUUUGGAAACAACAGGAAGCCCUAACACCAUAUUCAUUAUUUCCAUAUUUAACCAUAACUAUAUGAUCACUGGAAGUUGUUAUGCCAUUUAAACUUUAAGAAUAGCGACACUAUUAACCCCAGUACAACUCUCACUGCAAAUUCCUGGGCAAUAUCUCAAGGCCAUUUAUACUGUCCACAUGAUGUUGUUUUCAAUGAUGAUUUAUUCCACAUUGUGUUAACAGAUUCAUCUUGAAUUUCAUUUGUUGUAUUUCUGUUACUUUCCUGAUU